CAGAUCUCCAAUCCUUCCAUCGUAAAUCCACUGCGGAAAAUCACACCGGAAGAAAAUGGUCGAAUACGAUUUCGGCGGACCUCUGGGUGCCGCGGCCAUCACUUUUGGCCUGCCCGUGCUGCUCUACGCGUUCGCAUUCGCUUGCAACGACGUUUCUGGCUGCCCAGUGCCAACUCUUCUUCAACCUCGCGACUUAACCUGGGAGAAGCUGAAAGCAGACGCAGGUCUAUUGAAUGUCAGUCUGUCAAGUUUCCUUUCCUGGAAAGUGACAAGUGUCACUGUCGCCUAUUAUGUCUUCGGUCUAUUCAUCUGGAAAAUCCUUCCUGCGAAAGAAGUUCAUGGAACCAAGUUGGUGCAUCAUGAUCGCUCGCUUCUGUAUCGAUUCAAUGCGUUCUCGGCGAGUAUGGUCACCUUGUCAAUCUGUGCGGCAGGCACUUUCCUCCAGGGGGCUGAGUUCCCCGCAUGGACUUUUAUCGCCGACAACUACGUGCAACUUCUGACGGCAAACGUCCUCAUUUCGUACGCCCUAUCUAUUUUUCUCUACCUCAACAGUUUCACUGUCGACACCAAGUAUCCCAACCGCGACCUUCGAGAGCUGGCUGCCGGGGGUACGACAAGCAACCUCAUCUAUGAUUUCUACAUUGGGCGUGAGCUCAACCCCCGGGUCACUCUGCCUCUGCUUGGAGAAGUCGACAUCAAGACCUGGUGUGAAGUUUGCCCCGGUCUGACCGGGUGGAUCCUACUGGACCUAGCAUUCGUAGCCCAGCAGUACCGCAACUAUGGAUACAUCUCCGAUAGCAUCGUCUUCACGACUGCCGUACAGGCAUACUACGUCCUAAGCAGUCAGUAUCACGAGGCAUCCAUACUGACGAUGAUGGAUAUAACGACAGAUGGGAUGGGCUUUAUGCUUUCAUUCGGCGACCUGGUUUGGGUCCCCUUCCUGUACUCUACGCAAGCUCGUUAUCUCGCGGCCUUCCCCGUGCAUCUCGGCUGGCCAAGAAUUCUCGCCGUCGCCGCUGUUUUCGUACUCGGCAUCUACAUCUUCAAAGCGGCGAACAAUCAGAAACACCUGUUCCGGACUCAGCCAGAGCACCCAGCCGUGCGGCGUUUAUCCUCCAUCCAAACCAAGCGCGGAACCCGUCUCCUCACAGCUGGGUGGUGGGGUCUUUCCCGGCAUAUCAACUACUUCGGCGACUGGUUGCAGGCUUUGCCAUUUAGCCUCCCCACGGGGCUUGCGGGAUACAUGAUUCUCCCGGCCGGGGCUGCAUUGGGCUCGGCCGAUUUCUCCGGAUCGCAGUCUCGGACUAUGCUAGACGGGCGAGUAGCGGUUCAAGGACCUGCAACUAGGUGGGGGAUGAUCUUCACCUACUUCUACGUGCUGUACUUCGGAGUCUUGCUCAUCCAUCGCGAACGCCGGGACGAUGCCAUGUGCGCGAAGAAGUAUGGCGAGGAUUGGAAGACGUACAAGCGGACCGUGAGAUGGAGGAUUUUGCCUUGGGUUUACUGA